ACACGUACACACACACACACAUACAGAAACUCUCCACAGGAGAAGCUAGAGACAGAAUGCGCAGCCCCUUCACAGCAGCUUUGGUGCGUCGUGGUGUCCAAAAGGGAUCCUGCUACACUUUGAUAGUUGGUUAAUUACUCAUAUGAUACCACACAGAUGUCUUGGGGGCUCUAGCCGAAAAUUCGUCACACUAACUCACUGACUGACUGACGGGAUCCUGGGAAAGGCAGACAUUUAAGGAGCGCUGUGCCAAAUAGCCGUAAUCAGGCUCUUAUCACCUCAUCUGGAAAUCAAAGAGUGAACUGUGUUCUGCAAUGGGCAUUAAGACACUACAAUUGCUCUUGCUAAUGGCCGUCCUGGCCACUGUUGGAAUAUGUCACAUUAAUGGAACAGAGGAAGUCCUUCAAAAUUUUACUACCUCCAAAAUCAAUGUGCAUCCCACCACCAGUAAAGCCCUGCUGGAUAACAAUACCAGAGUAAAUGGGCCUCCUUCCUGUAAGGAUCCAACUUCCAUCAAGCUCUAUUUUAAGUAUGUUAACACAAUUAUUUCCUGUCUCGUGUUUGUGGUGGGAAUGGUGGGUAACACCACCUUGCUGAGGAUUAUUUACCAAAACAAGUGUAUGAGGAAUGGACCCAACGCCCUUAUCGCCAGCCUGGCUCUUGGAGACCUCAUCUACAUCACCAUAGACAUCCCUAUCAAUGUCUACAAGCUACUUUUCACAAAAUGGCCAUUUGAUGAGAGCUCUUUUGGACUCUUCCUGUGUAAACUGGUGCCUUUCCUCCAGAAAGCAUCUGUUGGAAUUACAGUACUCAACCUGUGUGCUCUGAGUGUGGACAGGUACAGGGCUGUAGCAUCCUGGAGCAGAGUGCAGGGGGUCGGCAUUCCCCUCUUUACUGCCAUUGAGAUCUUCUCCAUCUGGGUCAUGUCCAUCAUCUUGGCUGUGCCAGAGGCAAUGGGCUUCAACAUGGUCACCUUUACCUACAAUAACCAAACCUACCGCACUUGCAUGCUCAAGCCUGAAACUGGCUUCAUGAGGUUCUAUGUAAAUUGGAAAGACUGGUGGUUAUUUGGCUUUUACUUCUGUGUGCCACUGGCCUGCACAGCUAUUUUCUACACCCUCAUGACAUGUGAAAUGCUCAACCGCAGAAAAGGAAGCCUUCGGAUAGCCCUCAGCGAACACCUUAAACAGCGGCGUGAAGUGGCUAAAGCAGUCUUCUGUUUAGUGCUGAUCUUUGCUCUUUGCUGGUUCCCUCUUCAUCUCAGUAGACUGUUGAAGAAAAUGGUUUAUGUUCCAGAUGAUGAAAGACGUUGCGAAUUACUCAACUUCCUGUUGAUCAUGGAUUAUUUUGGCAUCAACUUGGCCACUGUGAAUUCUUGCAUCAACCCCAUCAUCCUCUACUUCGUGAGCAAGAAGUUCAAGAAUUGCUUUAAGUCCUGCUUGUGCUGCUGGUGUUACACCAGAAACCAGGUGUCCAGCUCAGGCCCAAUGAAUGGCACUAGCAUUCAGUGCAAAAACCAUGAGCCCGGCAACCUCAAUACCGACAGAAGCCUUCGUAAAUACAGUGACUGAGAGGUGAAGGACUCACUGCGGUCAGCCUACAUGCUUAAAACACAUUAUAAAAGCAGACAUCACCCAGCGUCAAACUUUGAGGUGGAAAACAUUGUAACCAUUCAUAUGAAACUAAAGUUCCUCGGAGCAGUAUCAGGCCGUUUUUAUAAAUAGCUUCAGACCAGACAAUGGAACUGGUAUAUUUAAAGUCUCACGUAGACCUACAGCAGCUGUUCCCUGACUUUCAGAGGGUUGUUUUGCUGUGUGAGAAGUGGUGGGAGUGAAGACCAACAGCAACAGGAUGCAGCUGAACCUAACAGCUACAAAUUAACCCUCAUCAGGAGCUUGACAUGUGUUCCUUAUAUAAAUGCUACACUAUGAACAUGCUCUGGAACAUCACUGUCCGACACGAAAGGAAGUUACAGAAAGGAAGAGUGAA